GCUCGCUCCCAGCUGGUGUUGCGACCACACAGCCAGAGGCUCUCCGCUCGUCGUUUGGUACUUUUGGGGUUGCAACUUUUAUCUUCAACGCGCGCGCGUGGUGCGUUGUGUUGAGUUGCAGCUCGCGAGGUCGUUUUUUGUUGUUGUUGUUGUUGUUGCGUGGAAACUUGCUGCUGCGAGAUGGACUGAAGCGACACAACACUGCAAAGUGUGGCUCCUCGUAACGGGGAGAGUGUUUCUGUCUUCCCACCAUGGACGAGGACGACGGGCAUCACGAGAACGGCGUCCACGCCACCAAGGACUCGGACCGGCAGCAGCGGCUGCGGCUCUGCGUUUUAAACGAAAUACUGAACACAGAGAGGGAUUAUGUGCGGACACUGCUCUUCCUCCAGUCGGCAUUUUUGCAGCGAAUCCAACAAACUGCAGAUGACCAACAGUGCCUCUCACCCGAACAUGUCAAGAUUCUGUUUUCAAAUAUUGAGGACAUCCUGGAGUUACACAAAGAGGUGCUGUCUGCAGUGGAGGCCAGUCUGCAGCCCGAUCCCCAUCCGCAGCAUGCACUGGGACACGUGUUCCUGCAGUUUAGGGAGAGUUUCUCGGUGUACGGCGAGUACUGCAGUAAUCACGAGAAGGCUCUGCGACUUCUCAUGGAGCUCAACAAAAUCUCCAACAUCAGGACCUUCCUGCUGCACUGCAUGCUACUCGGAGGGAAGAAAAGCACAGACGUUCCCCUGGAGGGCUACCUUCUCAGCCCCAUUCAGAGGAUCUGCAAGUACCCUCUGCUGCUGAAGGAGCUGCUGAAGCGGACCCCGAAGAAGCACGCCGACUACCCGGCAGUGGAAGAGGCUCUGCAGGCCAUGAAGGCCGUCUGCUCCAACAUCAACGAGACCAAGAGGCAGAUGGAGAAACUGGAGGCUCUCGAGCAGCUGCAGUCGCACAUCGAGGGCUGGGAGGGAACCAACCUCACAGAUAUCUGCACGGAGUUGCUGCUUCAUGGAAAUCUACUGAAAAUCUCUGCAGGCAAUAUCCAGGAGCGCGUCUUCUUCCUGUUCGACAACCUUUUGGUUUACUGUAAGAGGAAGUCCAGGGUUUCUGGAAAGAAGUCCACCAAGAGGACCAAGUCCAUCAACGGGCCCCUCUAUGUGUUCCGAGGCCGAAUCAACACCGAGGUGAUGGAGGUGGAAAAUGUGGAGGACGGAACAGCGGACUAUCACAGCAACAACUACACGGUGACGAACGGCUGGAAGAUCCACAACACGGCUAAAAACAAGUGGUUUGUCUGCAUGGCCAAACACGCAGAGGACAAGCAGAAGUGGCUGGACGCCAUCUUGAGGGAACGAGAGCAGAGAGAAUGUCUCAAACUCGGGAUGGAGCGGGACGCCUACGUGAUGAUCGCCGAGAAGGGGGAGAAGCUCUACCACAUGAUGAUGACCAAGAGUCGGCACCUGAUCAAGGAUCGACGCAGGAAGCUCAGCAUUGUGCCCAAGUGCUUCAUGGGAAAUGAGUUUGUGUCGUGGCUGAUCGAUAAUGGAGAGAUCAGUAAGCCUGACGAAGGGGUCAACCUGGGACAAGCCUUGCUGGAAAAUGGCAUCAUUCACCACGUGUCCGACAAGCACCAGUUCAAGAACGAGCAGGUGUUGUACCGGUUCCGCUAUGACGAUGGCACCUACAAGGCCCGCAGCGAGAUGGAGGACAUCAUGUCUAAGGGCGUCAGGCUGUACUGCCGCCUUCACAGCCUCCACACGCUUGUCAUCAAGGACAGAGACCAUCAUCUUAAAACCUUCAAAUCUGUGGUGCCUGCAGGCAAACUGGUCGACUGGCUCCUCUUGCAGGGAGACUGCUCGACCCGGGAGGACGCAGUGACGCUGGGCGUGGGGCUCUGCAACAAUGGCUUCAUGCACCACGUCUUGGAGAAGAGCGAGUUCAAAGACGAGUCCCAGUUCUUCCGUUUCUAUGCGGACGAGGAGAUGGAGGGAACUAGCACCAAGAGCAAGCAGCUCCAGCGCAAUGACUUCAAACUCAUCGAAAACAUCUUGGCCAAGUCCUUGGUGAUUCACCCCGAGGAAGAAGACUACGGCUUUGAGAUCGAGGAGAAAAACAAGGCCAUUGUGGUGAAACUGUCACCGGGGGGCUCACAUGCUGAGAUGGCUGGCCUGCAGGUGGGCAGGAAGAUCUACACCAUCAACGAGGACCUGCUGUUCCUCAGGCCCUUCUCCGAGGUGGAGACCAUGAUCAGCCAGGCCUUCUGCAUACGACGCUCCCUGCGGCUGCUGGUCGCCACCAAAGCAAAGGAGAUUGUGAAGAUCCCGGACAACCCAGACAGCCUGUCCUUCAGACUCUGUGGCUCUGCCCCUCCUCAUGUCCACGCUGUCAGGAAAGGCUGGGAGGCAGCGGGGUCGGGUCUUCAGCCUGGCCAGGUCGUCCUGAAGGUCAACGGCAACAACGUCAACCGCAGUGACUACCAAGAGGCCCUGGAGUACUUCGCCGCCCAGCACACGCACCAGGAGCCUCCCCAAGCGUGUCAGUGGGUGUAUCGUACAUUCGAGGAUGUGGAGGAGCUCCAAAGAGAAAGGGGUGCAGGCGAGAAGGAGGAGAGUCCUUUCAGUCCUUUUCCAGCGGAGAACGGCUCGGACCACGAGGAGGAGAACGGCACCAAUGGAACAGACCACCGGCUGGGCAGACUCUCCCUCUCCGAUGAGCUGCCGCUGGUCAGCAUGACGGUCGAUAACGUCCACCUGGAGCACGGCGUCGUCUAUGAGUACGUCAGCACGGCCGGCAUCAAGAGCCAUGUCCUGGAGAAGAUGGUGGAGCCCAAGGGCUGCUUCAGCCUCACUGCCAAGAUCCUCGAGGCAUUCUCUGCCGAUGACAGCCUCUUUGUUCGUAACUGCAGCCAACUCAUCUCCCAGAGUGACCGAGUCGUUACCAUGUCUCAGUACGAGUUCAGGCAAAUCUGCGAUACCAAGCUGGAGAGUAUCCGACGUCGGAUCAGCAGCUAUCAGCAGUUCGCCCUGGAGCUGAGGAACAAGGCGUGGCCCUCCUUCAAGCAGGCCGGCGGGCGCCCUCACCCGCUGGGCUGCAUGGACUUUGUUCCCACCAACUGCCACGUCAACUUCAUGCAGGUCUCCUACCCCAAGAGCACUACCUCGGCUGGCAGGACUUUCAGCAUCCGCUUUGGGCGCAAGAACUCCCUGUAUGGCCUGGAUCCUGACCAAGCACAACUAAACCCCAUGUCCCACACCCAGCACUGUGUGACCAGCAUGGGUGCUCCCUCCUGGAGCUGCUCCGGCCUGGACGGGGACGAGGAGGACGGCGGGGAGGUGAGCGUGGAUGGCAGCGAUGGGUCGGUGGACAGCCGGCGUGGCGGCCACGGGGAAGGCGGCUUGAGCUUCCUGCUCAAACAGGAAGACACGGAGACCCAGGACGCCUACAUUCACUUGUACAGCCGCCUGGACGUCGCUGUAAGGGAGAUGAGGCAGUAUGUCGCGCAGAUAGAUGUCCUCUUGUCGUCCAUCACCGAGCCCACGCAACUCCAGAGGGAGGGUGGGGAGCCUCCGGCCUACGAGCCCAGCCAGCCACCCUCUCUGGCCCCCUGCGAGGACGGCUGCGACCAGGACAAAGUGGAGCAAGGCGGCAUUAAAAGGGUCUGCUUCAAGGUGAACGAGGAGGACCAGGAGGACUCGGGCCACGACACGAUGAGCUACAGGGACUCCUAUAGCGAAUGCAACAGCAACCGAGACUCAGUCCUGUCCUACACCAGUGUGCGAAGUAACAGCUCGUACCUGGGGAGCGACGAGAUGGGAUCAGGGGAUGAGCUGCCAUGUGACAUGAGGAUUUCCUCGGACAAGCAGGACAAGCUGCACGGCUGCCUCGAGCACCUUUUCAACCAGGUCGACUCCAUCAACAGCCUACUCAAAGGAGCGGUCAUGACCAAGGCCUGUGAGGAGACCAAGCACUUUUACUCUGACCACAGCCAACCAGAGUUCCGACAAACGGAAGAUUGGACGGUUCGCUGUCGCUACAUCAUCCACAAGAACAUCCAGGAGGACCCUUGGAACCUGCCUAACUCUAUCAAAACCCUGGUGGAGAGCCUGCAGCGAUUCGUGGACGAUGGAAAGAACCAGCUCCUCCUGGCCCUACUGAAGUGCACAGACACGUCUCUGCAGCUGCGACGGGAUGUGAUCUUCUGCCAGGCGGCGACGGGCGCACUGUGCACGCUGGCGGAGCAGCUGUUGGCGGCGCUGCGGUCGCGGUUCAACAACGCCGGCGAGUACCAGGAGGACGGCAAGGAGACCAGCCGCAAGUGGCUGGAGCAAAUAUCCGCCAUCGGCGUGCUGCUGCACUUCCAGUCCACGCUGGCGCCACACCUGAAAGAGGAGCGGACCACGCUGGAGGACACCAAGGCGGCCCUGUUGGACUUGGACAAAGUCACUGUGUUCUUCAGGCAACUGGAGGAUGAGUGUCUAGUUGCAAACACACCGGUUUGCUACCAGGUGGAGGGCAGCCGCCAGGCCCUGAGGGUCACUCUGUACCUGGACAGCUGUCACUUCAGCGAGCUGCCCACCCGGCUGCAAAAUGGAGGCAGCCUCAAGCUGCAGACCGUCCUCUUCACCAGGGCACUGGAGCGUCCAGAGGGAGUGUCCCAGCAGGACUACGCAGCCACGGAGGAGUUCCAGCAGCGCACCAACGCUGUCUCACUGGAGAAAGUCAAGGCCUACUACCGCAGGCUCAGGGCUUUCUAUUUGGAGAAGUCCAAUCUCCCGACGGACUCGAACACCACAGCGAUGAAGAUAGACCAGCUACUGCGACCCCUCAACACACUGGACGACCUUUGUCGACUGAUGCAGUCCUACGUCAACGUGCGCCCGAGCGCCCAGGGCCACCCGUCUGGUGUCAGCGUGCUGUGUGUGUCCUCCGAGCUGUGUAACCGCCUGGGCGCCUGCCACAUCACCAUGUGCGGCACAGGCAUGCAGAGAUGUACCCUAAAUGUGACGCUGGAGCAGGCGAUGAUCUUAGCCAGGAACCACGGCCUCAUGCCGCGCUGCAUCAUGCAGACCAUGGAUAUAAUGCGCAAACAGGGAGCAAGAGUUGAGCUCUCUGCUAAAAAUCUCAAGGUCAUGGACCAGAUGCCUCCAUCAUUCCCAAGGCUCUUCAAGCUCUGUUUGCCACCUUCGGAUGGAGAUUUCUAAGAAAGCCCGUCACUUCCGAGAAGACAUCAGAGAACGAUUGAAUGUGAAAUAGGAAGAGAUGAUGAGAGGUGACAAUAACAGAGGUCUCACCGCUUUCUUUUCCAAGAGAUGCUCCCAAUGGAAAAACCCUUGCUCCCCCCCAAACUGCCCCAGUUACACCGGGAUAAUUCCACCAUGGAUACCACUAGUGCAAAGUACAGGCUAAACAAGACUGUACAAAUGACUAAUGACAGCUACUAGGGAGCACCGACAGUGAGACUGAUGCAGCUUGAAGCUCCAGACUAGUCAUGUAUUGUUUUACUGGGAAGCCACCCAGAUAGAAGUAGCAUUGCUUUAUCUGCCUGCCUGUCUGCUUGUCUGUCUGUCUGUCUGUCUAUCCGUCUUCACAAGGUCGACAACUGGUGCAAAAAUGUUCACAACCCAAGUGAAAGGGCGUGGCCAGUUUGAGGCCUCACACAGAAGACACCAACAGCCAUGGCGCUCCUCACCAAGCCGUUGCUAUUAACUGGAUUAACCAAACUACCUGUAGCUGGCCGUCAUUCCUAAAUGCAGACGCUAUCCGCUUGCGGACUGUAACAGCAGCCUCUGUUUGGGCUGGCGUUCCGCAGGGCUCGAUGUUUGGACCCCGUGUGAAGUAGAAAUACUUGAAUACCCUCGCAUGUACGUAGUUAGCUGAACAGAUGCAGGAGGACUCGACAGAGGGAUGGAAGUAGGGACCGAGGGACAGGUGAAAAGAGGGAUAAUAAAGGGGGUGAGGGGGCUGCUCUUUUUCAGCCCUUUGCAUGUGGUUACUGUGCAAUUACUGUAGGUUUAGUGUGAGUACUGUAUUACUGCACUAUAUGAAGGAUAGUUAUUUAUUGUGUCCGGAAGGAGCAUUUUUAUCCCUUACUUCUACUAUAUCAGGUAUUAAAGAAUCUAAAAGCAUUCCAGCCUACGUAUUGAACAGUAUUUAAAGGACCAAUGGCAUGCCUUUUUUUUUUCUUUUUUUUUAAUAGACGUAACCGCUUGUUUAUUUUAUUUAUAUGUAUGGACUUUGAUCACGUCAGGAAGUGUUACUUGGAUCUUCAGGGAGAGCAAAGGAGGGAAGAUGAACAGAAGCUAGCUAAUCAGAAUCAGGACAAAGGAAGCUAAAGCGAAACCACGCAAGGCUAAGUCAACAGGUUGUUAAAUUAUUAAUAUAUUAAUUCAAAUGUUCUAGUUGAAGGAUUGCCUUCUGUUAGCUAAGACAUUAUUUUAAUAUUUUUUAAAAGAUUGUUUUUUACGUUUGUCUUGGAUCUGUUGUAUUCACUGUGGGUGUUGAAACGAGCACAAUAACUGGUCCAUUCAAGUCGCAGUGUCAGCGAAACGCAAACAAAGGGAUCGCUUUCAGGACGGGAACACAGUAACAUUGUUUUACUGAAGAUUUUAAUUUCUUGUACAGACCAACUGUAAUGAUGUCAGCGGAAAGGAGAGGAAAAAGGAGAUAGGAUACGUCCGAGUAAUGCUUAAAUUUGAUUAUUUUUAUGAAGAUAGUAUAGUAUAUAAAACAUUUUGUAUUCAUGCUCGUGCAUUGGAAGAGAAGCGGCUUCUCUUUGCUGAGCGUAACCUCACUGACAACUUGUUUUGUUUUUGACUAUUAAAAAGACCUGACGAGCAUUUCAUGAAUCUGUCUCGACAUGCUGCACUCAUUAGGCAGAUCCCUUUCGCCCUUUUAAUUGUUUUAUUUAUUUAAAAGCAGUCUGGUUCCAAGUGAGCAUGUUGGAUGAGUCUCCACAUCCCUCGGCAGUAGCAUGGCCCCUGCAAAUGGACAUCCCUCUUUUGGCACAUAAGACUCAGCGGAUAUCAUCUCCCUUAUUAAAUUCACUCGUGAGCAGCGUUAGUCACCAUCAUCUGGUUUUAAGCGUGUCACCAGUAAAAAAAAAAACACAGAUCUAAUGACUGCAGCAUGUUGGUGUAUCCGGACAAACAAAUAUGUCACUCAUUACACAUUUAUUUACAUUAUUCUAAUGUUGUUGUUUUUUUGUAUAUACCUUAUUUGCAAUUUUAUGUUGCUUGAAAAUAACUGUACAAAGGAUCUUUGUUGAGUCUUUCUAAGAUUAUCAUUGUAAAUGCAAUCUUAACAAGCUAGUAAAUAAAAUGUUCACAGUG